UUUCAAAAAUGUUUCAAAUUCCUGUGGAGAAUCUUGAUAACAUCAGAAAAGUUCGGAAGAGAGUGAAAGGCAUUCUUGUGGAUAUUGGCCUUGAUAACUGCAGGGGCUUGCUGAAGGACCUUGAAGACUUUGAUCCAGGAGAGAAGUACUUUUAUAACACAUCAUGGGGAGAUGUUUCUCUCUGGGAACCAUCUGGAAAGAAAGUGAGGUACAGAACAAAACCAUACUGUUGUAGUCUCUGCAAGUACUCAACGAAAGUGCUUACUUCGCUCAAAAAUCAUUUGCAUCGUUACCAUGAAGAUGAGGCUGACCAGGAGUUGGUGAUCCCCUGCCCCAACUGCACGUUUGCCUCUCAGCCCAAGGUGGUGGGGAAGCACUUUAGGAUGUUCCAUGCACCUGUUCGGAAGGUCCAGAACUACACCGUAAACAUUUUGGGUGAGACAAAAUCCUCUAGGAGUGAUGUGAUCAGCUUCACAUGUCUAAAAUGUAACUUUUCGAACACUUUGUACUAUAGCAUGAAAAAGCAUGUGUUAGUAGCCCAUUUUCAUUACUUAAUUAACUCCUACUUUGGCCUGAGAACCGAGGAAUCGGGGGAGCAACCUAAAUCUAAUGAUACUGUUUCUGUGGACAAGAGUCCCUCGUCUGACAGAUACUACUGUAAGAAAUGCAGCGCCAGUGCUGGCAGCCAGGACGCUCUGAUGUACCAUAUUCUGACCUCAGAUGUUCACAGGGACUUGGAGAAUAAGCUGAGGUCUGUGAUUUCAGAACAUAUCAAGAGGGCGGGGUUUCUGAAGCAAAUGAAUAUUGCCCCCAAGCCAGUGGCCCGCUUGGCCAUACCACCGAACAGCAGUGCGCCCGGCAUUGCAGCUCCCCCACCUUGCUUCCACCUCACGCUGCCACAGAACAGCCAAAGCACAGCCACAGUGCAGCCAGUGACUGUGGCCCCCGGCACUUCAGGGAGCCUCACUCAUUCUCCCCCUGCUGCUACCCCGUCCCAUGUGACUCUAGUCUCCAACCCUCUGCCUGUGUGUCAGAACAGUAUCACCCUACAGCCCUCAGGUCCCCCACCUGUCUUUCUCUCCCACGGGGUUCCACUUAACCAGCCUGUGAACCCUCCCGGGAGGUCCCUGAGUCAGCCAGCCGGGUCUGGGAAUAAGUCUGUUGGAGCAAGUGUCUGCCCCAUGAGUCAGACUGUACGCCCUGGGGUUUUACCCCUGACCCAGCCUGUGGGCCCCGUAAGCAGACCUGGGGGCCCUGUGAGCAGACCUGGAGGCCCUGUAAGCAGACCUGGGGGCCCUGUAAGACCCGUGGGGCCCGUAAGCAGACCUAUAGGGCCUGGUGUACUUCCUGCUGGUCCCCCUGUCCCCCCAGGGGUUCUUCAGGCCACUUCACCAGGAGUGAUCUCAGUGGGUCGGGCAGUCCCAACAGGCAUCCUUCCUGCGGGCCAGGUGGCCCCUUCAGGGGUCAUCCCUGGACAGACAGCGACUUCUGGGGUCUUGCCCACUGGUCAAGUUGUCCAGCCGGGGGUUCUUCCAGUUGGCCAGACAGCCCCAACACGGGUCCUCCCUCCUGGCCAAACAGUUCCUUUGAGAGUUCUCCCUGCUAACCAGGUGGUCCCUUCCGGGCUGCUGUCGCCCACCCAGACGGUCCCCUCGGCUGUCGUUCCCAUGAACCAGAGUGUCAGCUCUGGUGUUCUUCAGCUCAGUCAGCCUGUUGCAUCAGGGGUGCUGCCUGUGGGCCCACCGGUCAGGCCUGGCAUGCUGCAGCUCAGCCAGUCUGUUGGCACCAGCAUCCUGCCUGUGAACCAGCCAGUGAGAGCUGGAACUUCACAGAACACCACCUUUCUCACAUCAGGCUCUAUUCUCCGGCAGCUCAUCCCUACGGGGAAACAGGUGAAUGGAAUCCCCACCUAUACACUGGCCCCUGUGUCUGUCACUCUGCCUGUACCUCCUGUAAGUGGCCUCACGACCGUCGCACCUCCCCAGGUGCCGGUCCAGUUUAUGCCCUCAGGCACAGGCACACAGAUGGCCAAUUCUUUGCCCAGCUUGCCUUCCCCGCAGGUGCUGGUGAGUGCUGCCCCAAGCGUGUUUGUCCAGGCUACCUCACCUACUGCAGAUACCAGUCAGGUGCUCAAACAAGCCAAGCAGUGGAAGACCUGCCCAGUUUGCAACGAGCUCUUCCCCUCCAACGUCUACCAGGUUCACAUGGAGGUGGCUCACAAGCACACUGAAACCCAGCUCUGUCGAGUUUGCAAUGAGCUCUUCCCCUCCAACGUCUACCAGGUUCACAUGGAGGUGGCUCACAAGCAGAGUGAGUCCAAGUCCAAUGAGAAGCUUGAGCCUGAAAAGCUGGCAGCAUGCGCCCCGUUUCUGAAGUGGAUGAAGGAGAAGACGGUGCGCUGCCUCUCCUGCAAGUGCCUGGUCUCAGAGGAGGAGCUGAUGCACCACUUACUCACGCACGGCCUGGGGUGUCUCUUCUGCCCAGGUACUUUCCAUGAUGUCCGAGGCCUCCUGGAGCACAGCAGGACUAAGCACCUGGGGAGCCAGAGGCUGUCCGUCGACUACAGCAACAGAGGCUUCCAGCUGGACUUGGAUGCCAACGGCAACCUGCUGUUCCCUCACCUCGACUUCACCACCAUUCUGCCGAGAGAGAAGCUUGGUGAGCGCGAGGUCUAUCUGGCCAUUCUAGCUGGGAUACACUCCAAGUCCUUGGUGCCUGUGUAUGUGAAGGUGAGGCCCCAGCCCGAGGUUCUGCCCAAGGUUCCCAGCAAACAGAAGCUGACCUGCCCCUUCUGUUUUGGUGCAUUUGCAACGGCCGAUGCCUAUGAGCUGCACCUGAAGGAGCGGCACCACGUCAUGCCGACGGUCCAUACGACACUCAGGUCUCCCGCCUUCAAGUGCAUCCACUGCUGCGGGGUCUACACUGGAAAUAUGACUCUGGCAGCCAUUGCUGUCCAUCUGCUGCGUUGUAGAAGCGCUCCCAAAGACAGCAGCUCAGACCUGCAAGUCCAGCCGGGUUUGAUUGAGAGCAGUGAACUGCUGUUAGUCAAUGGGGAAGUGAUUCCUGACUCCACCUUUCCUGUAAAGAGAAAACUGCCAGACAGCCAUGUGGGGACAGAGGACCAGAGGGAUGGGGAGGAGGCUUCACUCAUCCUAAAUGCAGAGUCAGCUCCAGGUCCUGAGAAAGGGGUGAGUGCUGUGCCUUUGAAGAGACAGAGGAAUGAAAGCAGGACAGAGGGACAGGUAGCCAACGAUGACGCACUUCAGGUCUUAGCAUUAGAUCCGAAAAAGUAUGAAGGCCGUUCGUAUGAGGACAAGAAACAGUUUCUUAGAGAUUAUUUCCAUAAGAGACCGUAUCCUAGCAGAAAAGAAAUGGAACUCUUGUCUUCAUUGCUGUGGGUGUGGAAAAUUGACGUGGCUUCAUUUUUUGGAAAAAGGAGAUAUAUUUGCAUGAAAGCAAUAAAAACUCGAAAGCCCUCUGUACUUCUAGGCUUUGAUAUGUCUGAACUUAAAAAUGUCAAACACAGGUUGAACUUCGAUUGUGAGCCACAAAAUCUAUAAAAAAGUGAAGGCCUAGGCAGUGGUUCUGGCUGACUUUGACACACUCCUGUGCUCUGCUGAUGUGCCAGUGUCUGCAGCUCUUCAGGGGUUCCAGGUGCUCAGAAAGACUUCUGUUAAGGAAGCAAAUAGUUCUCAGAUUUACUCUCUCCUGAAGUUCCAUUUGUAACAGUUAUUCUUUUUCUUUUCCCCCCUCUGUCAUAAACUAAAUCUUUUGGUAUUCCAUGCACGCCUUGUUUUCCUCGUAGUGUCAGUAUCAAAUCUUAAAAAACCUGAAGUCUACAAAUACUUAUUUUUAUUUUCGUUUUAGGAAAUUUCUGCUGGUUUGAGAAUACUUGAUUAAUUGAGAAUUACAGCAUUGCUCUCCCUCAGCUUUAUGGGCAGCACUAACAGCACAGUUCCUGUUUAGAGCAUUGUGGUGUGUAUGGCUAAGAACACACUUCUAAGCAUUAACUUUUACUGAUGAGUCUGAAUGCUAUGUGCUUACAAGGUUGUAAUUUUCAUUUGCACUUUUUCAAGUUUGUCUCAAAAAGCUGUGUGGAGGGUUUUUUUUUUUUUAAUGGUAACUCAUAGAAAACCAAACGUUCUGAGCCUGAUAUGUGGUGUACAGCUUAUAAUCAAGUGUUAUUUUAUAAAUAAAAUCUUUGUAGGAGCAGAAAUACUUUGCAGUGUAAAUAUUCUCUAUUGAUACAGUGACAAGUCACUUCUCCAUUCAAAGACAUGACAGUAAAUCUUUAGUGCCUUUAGAAUAAAAGUUAAGAAAACACAUCCAGAACUCUUACUUGAAUGCUCAUAAACUAGCAGAAAGGAGGGGUCAUGACAUUCAAGCAUUUCAUGCCUGCCCCUGCUUGUGGUCAUGACCUGAAAUGGAGAUGAGAUUUAGGUACAGAGUGAAGGGGUGUAAACCAAGAGCUCAUCUUUGUGGUUGGAGUAGCUUGGGAUAGUAUGGUAGAUAGAGUUGGAUGAAAGGCUUUUUCCUCUGGCCUAGGUGUCCAAAGGAAUGAGACACAGGGUAUUGCUGAAGAAUCUCCACUAUAUCACUAUUGUAUGGAAGCCAAACCUUCUUUAACCAUACACUGUAAAACGAAGCACCAGAAGUAGUAAUGUGGACCGCUGUCUGGUACCGGUGUCAUCCUGCUGAGAGGAGCCUGUCCCACUCGUGCAGAGUCUGACAGCUUCUAUGAAGUGCUACAGUGUUGCUGUAUUUUUACAAAUACAACACUUGCAUGUGAUGGCUGUAAUGUGCAUUUCGAGGCAGUUGUAACUGUUGGUGUACUCUGUUGUAAAUUCAGAGCUUGUUGGACUUUAUUUUACCUAUUGUUUUCAGAGUGUCUAUUUUGAAUUAAAAAUUAUUACACCAC